AAGUAUCGGGAUCGAAAGGUCGAGCAAGCUGGCGAUGGGGCGAUAUCGCGUUGUGCAACGGUUCGAUUCAGUCGCGGGCGUGCGAGACGCUUGAGCGUCCUCUCUCGAGGAUCAGCCCGUAUGAAAUCGUCCUCACGUCUUAGAAUCGAGGCGAGCGGAGGAGACUGCCGCAGGCAAAGAACCUGGUAGGGCCGCGUGGUGGGGUUGCGUGGCCGUGUGUGCGUGUGGCAGAGGGAACGAAGGAACAGGUGUGAGAGAGAGGAGCCGGUGGGAGAAGGAACGAGGAGUCGCAGGAGUUGGCAAGAUGUCGAAGGAUAGAAUCGACAUCGAGAAACCGUAUUGGGAUCAGAGCACGUACAGGGGUAGGGCGCUUCACUUCCUCGCUGUGACGAACCCUUUGAAUCUGUUUGCCACUGGCAGACAGCUGGAGAAUGCACGAGACGUGGUCACCAAAUACAGGAAAGGGGAUAGUCUGGCGGAUUUGAAAAUCACGGAGGACGAGUUGUGGAGAUGCAAAUACUUGUACGACAGCGCGUUCCAUCCCGACACGGGAGAGAAAAUGUUUCUCAUAGGACGGAUGAGCGCUCAAGUACCGAUGAACAUGAUGAUCACCGGCUGUAUGUUAACGUUCUACAAAACAACAACGCACGUCAUCUUCUGGCAAUGGGUGAACCAGUCGUUCAACGCUAUCGUCAAUUAUACGAACCGUAGUGGAUCGAGUCCGAUUCCCAUACACACGCUCUUGCAAAGUUACGGUAUCGCAACUGGAGGAGCUGUAAUAACAGCCCUCAGCCUGAAUCGACUAUUCCGGAAUGCACCACCUAUGGUGUGUCGAUUGGUACCGUUCGCGGCAGUGGCCGCUGCCAACUGCGUAAAUAUUCCCUUCAUGAGGAUGUUGGAGCUCCAAAAUGGUAUUGAAUUACAAACAGAGAAAGGAGUGAAGGUUGGGAACAGUAAACGUGCCGCUAAAAGGGCGAUUGCCGCUGUUACUCUGUCUCGUAUCCUUAUGGCCGUACCGAGCAUGACAUUGGUGCCCUUCAUAAUGAAUAUAAUAGAACGGCGAAAAUUGUUGUGCGAGAUGAAAUGGGCUGUCGUACCUAUACAAGUUUUACUUUGCGGGAUUUGCUUAACAUUUGCCACGCCUCUUUGUUGUGCGUUAUUCGAGCAACGAGUAGCUAUUUCGGUAGACGAUCUGGAACCAGAAGUACGGGAACAAAUAGUCUCCAAGUAUCCUAAUCUUCAAACAGUGUAUUACAAUAAAGGUCUUUGAACGGAUUUAAAUAUCGAAAUACUGCCAAAGAAAGCGUGCACGAUUG